AUGAGUGACACCAUGAGAGCAGUAGGCAUCAAAGGCGGCAAAGGCCCCGCCACUAGCCUCUUCAUCGAUGAGAUUGCCAAGCCAUCCCCCAAAGAGGGAGAGGCAAUCGUCAAGAUUCGCGCUUUCGGUUUAAACCGUAUGGACCUUCUGCAGCGGGAGGGCCUCUACCCGCUUCCCCCGCAGGCGCCCGAAACCAUGGGCGUGGAGUUCUCGGGUGUGAUUGAACAAUUCGGCCCAGAUGGACAUGAGGAUUUCAAAAUCGGAGAUGAAGUCCUUGGUCUUGCUUACGGUGGUGCCUACGCCGAGUACAUUGCCGUCUCCACUAAGAUGUUGAUUCACAAGCCGAAAGAGCUGUCAUGGGAAGAGGCAGCCGGUGUUCCGGAGACUUGGAUUACGGCCUCACAGGCCCUGUAUCAGGUUGGUGAUUUCCAAUCCGGACAAUCCGUCCUUUGGCACGCAGGUGCUUCAUCUGUUUCCAUCUCCGGCAUUCAACUCGCCAAGGCUGCAGGCGCAAGUGCCAUCUACGCCACUGCCGGAUCUCAAGAGAAGAUCGACUUCCUGGAGCAAGAGCUCGGUGUCACCAAGGCCUUCAAUUACAAGACCCAGGACUGGGCCUCGGAGAUCCAAAAAGCUACGGGUGGUGCUGGUGUGAACCUCACCGUUGACUUUAUCGGAGCUACUUAUUUCCAAGGUAACUUGGACGUGGCGGCUCGCGAUGGUCGUGUUGUGCUUCUCGGUUUGAUGGGUGGUGGUAAGUUGCCGGAUGGAGUGAAUAUUGCUCCUUUGCUGUUUAAGCGCGUGCGCAUUGAGGGAAGUACACUCCGGUCUCGGGAUGUGGAAUACCAGCGCAAGUUGAGGGAUAUUGUUGUUGAUCAUGCGCUGCCUAAGUUUGUGGAUGGGACGUUUAAGGUGUUUGUUGAGAAGGUGUUGCCGUUUGAGGCGAUUGAGGAGGCUCACAAGUUGCUUGAGAGUAACGCUACGAAAGGCAAAAUCAUCUGUGUUUUUGAGUAG